UUGUAAGUAGAUGUAGGCCACAUAUGCUUACCAUGGAAAUAAUAGAAAGUGAAUAGAAGAGAUAAGGCUACUCAGCUACACCAAAAAAAUGAGUAAUCCAAUAAGCCUACACUUGCAGCCUCUCAAAGCUCUUCCUUCUUUCUCAUAUUCAAAAUGCAGACCUGUUUUUCCCAUCAGUUGUACACACAAGUUUCUCUGCUCUUCAAAACUGAGUAAUGGAAGCAUUUUAGUGGGACCCAGCAAGAAAUUUGAGCUUAAAUCCAAUUGGGUGUUUCAACAACUGGGAUUUUUGGCACUCACUGUUGCAGAACCAGCAUUAGCAGUGACAGGAGUAAAUAAUGAGGAAGAUAUUAUUUGGGUUUUGAUAAAGGCUGCAGGUGUGGCUUCUGUGUAUUUCUUCGUCAUGCCACCUAUAAUCAUGAACUGGCUUAGAAUCAGAUGGUACAAAAGAAAUGUACUGGAGAUGUACAUUCAGUUUAUGUGUGUCUUCAUAUUUUUCCCUGGGGUUUUGCUAUGGUCACCUUUUAUAAACUUCAGGAAAUUUCCAAGGGAUCCAGCAAUGAAAUAUCCAUGGUCAAAAGUAGAAAAUCCAGUACCAAUUAAGGGUGGUGGUUAUCUCAAAUAUCCCUGGGCUACUCUUGAGGAUUAUGAAUCCCUCUAAUUCCCAUUAUUAAUCUUGUAUUCUGAUUCAUGGCUUAUACAAAUGUAUAACUACUAAAAUACCCAAUGCACCGUUUUUAUAAUGAUUAACAUUUAUGAAUACUAAUGCGCAAAUGUAAUUAUAAUUAUUUAAGACUUGUAAUUUAAAUUUAUGAAGUUUCAUGAUUAUGUAUUUAAAA